AUGACUACCGUGGAAGAAGGAGAAUCGCCUACGGAAGAUAUUCCAGUGGGAAAUCCAGAAGAAUUAACUAAAAAUCCCACGGCUCUCAAAGAGGCACAUGAAGAAAUGGCUACAUUAGAUGUUCUUGUAUGUGGACAAUGUCAUUCAGCAUUCCAUUUUGUUGAAGAAUUCAAGGAACAUAAAGACGCUAAUAAUUGUACUGGUAAAUCACCAGUUAGGGAUAGUAAUGAAAGUAAAGCUCAAGUAUGGGCAUUCCUUUUGUGGAAGUGCUCGUCAGUCCGUGAUGGGUCAACAUCGAAUGCCGAUAAUAGUUGGAAGCUUUACCAACAGUGGUGUAGAAUGCCAGAAGCUCAAAGAACUGCUUGGAUCACAGCGGGGUCUAAUGUUCAGGCUUUAUCUAAGUUUGCUCAUGCUAAAGUUAUGGAACUUAAAACAGAAGAUCAAUUGGUUCCCGUACAACAAACAGCCCCUGAAAUGGUUAAGAAACCUCGUGGAAGGCCAAGAAAAGUUACCAAGCUGGAUGAAGAAACUCAACCGUCUGGGGAGGAGAGCGAUGAUUUCAAGGGAAGUCCAGGACCAAAGGCUCUACUCAAUAAACUAGCUCAGGCUAACAAAUCUAGGGAUAUGUCGAAUGAGUCUGUCCGUGGGGCACAAGAACGUGUUCCACCCGAAGAACGUAUUGCGAGACGCUCAGAACGAGAAGGUACCGCUGAAGGGGAGUAUGUUGUGGAGAAAAUACUCGCCAAGAGAUUUAACCCUAGACGGAAACAUUAUGAGUAUCUGCUCAAGUGGGAAGGAUAUCCACAUGAACAAAAUACAUGGGAACCAGUGGAAAAUAUGGAAACUUGUAAACAUCUGUUAGAGGCGUUUGAAAAACAGUUGGCAAGACAGAAAGAACUUAAAGCGUUAAGAGCACAGCAACAGCAACACCCAGUGCAGGUGAAACAAAUAAACACUCCCAUGCCGCAAGUUGUUAAACAAAUGGUGAAAAAGUCUGACAGCCCCAUAUUAACUCCCACUGGUCGCCUGCAACGUACAAGCAAAGCCCGUGCUCUUGACCAAGUGAAGGCAUGGUGCGGUGCAGAUGAUGAGCCAGCUUCAAAGAAGAUCAAACGGGAACUAUCCAGUGAUGAUGACUAUUCCGAUACUGACUCUAUGAAAGCUGAGAAGAAGAUACUUAAUGGGCAGUCUUCGCCAAAGUCAAACAUAGACCCUGAACUGGUGAAAUCUCUGGGUCUGGGCGGCAAAGGCAUGCCCAACAUUAAAGGGGUCAUCAAAGUUGACCCUAAACACAUGCCUAAUCUCACAACUGGGGUCUACAUAAUGUCGAAAAGUUCUGGUAUAAUGAAAAUAGACUCUCCGGGAAAACUUGGACCCGGUUUGAAUAUUGAUCAAGAUGUCAUUAGAAAACAAAUAAUGGCUGCUAAACAGAAAAAAAUGGAAGAAUCCAAAAAGUCGCCGCUAAGUUCAUCACAAUCACAGAUUAAGAAAACUUAUAGUUCUGGGGGACAGCAAGUAACAGAAAAGACAAUAAUAACACCUUCUGGACAGAAGAUUAUACAAAGAACAAUACAGAGACCAUAUGGGCAGUCUGAUGGGAAAUCUCCUGUUGCAAUACUUAAUAAGAAAUUAGCUCAAGGUGAUAGUCUACUUCGCGGUUCUGGUCGCGGUGGUAUGACACGUGGCCGACCGCGCGGCGGGCAUAGUGUAGCGACGGCCGCUGGAAACAUUGUGCGCAUCCGGGAAAAACCUGUCAACGUCAACUUUGAGUGGGAGGCGUCAUCAGAGUCAUCCGAUGGUAUUGAAGAUCCAUUCCCUACUGACCUCGGUCCCAUACCAUCGCCCAGUCCUGAGCGUGAACUGACACUAUGUCCGCUAACAGGCAGGCGGCUGGCGAGGGCUGAAGGAGAGCCCACCCCGCCGCCGACACCGCCGCCGCAACCCACCACACCACCGCCCGAACAUCACGCUACUAUGCUCAUGAAGGUGGAAAUGUCGCCGGGUGGUACUACGGGAAUGUUGGUUCAAGGGGACGGAGCUCAACCUUCAUUGCCAGUUUUAACUGACGAGGAUGGUACGGAAGUUAAAGUAGAAGCGAGUGCGGUGAAACAGUUGUUAGAAGAAGCGGUGGGUGUUGACGACGGUGAGGAGGUUGGGCUGGCGCUACACGCGGGACACACUCCUAUCAUGAUACGAGGGGAGGAUGGGGUGCUAUACCAGGUGGCUGGUGAAAAUGAAGCCGGUCAAACAUUACUAGUAGCGGCGGAAGGUGUUGAGGGAGCCGUUGAAGGAGUGGAAGGAGCUGAGUGUGAUGGAGAAGGAGUUAUGUACGUCACGAGGGAAGACGGACAGACGUUACUCGUAGCCACUCAAGGCGUAGAUGGUACAGUGCAAGGCGUUGAAGGCGCUGAAGGCGAAGCGGAAGGAGUCACAUAUGUUACUAGAGAAGAUGGGCAGGACGUGUUGACGAUCGAUCCGACGCAGUUAGCGCAGCUAAUGCCGGGCGGUGAAGCCGGAGGAUUACAACAGGUCGCUGUUCAAGUUGAAGGCGAGCCUGGCGAAGACGCGACACAGGUCAUCGCACAGCUGGUACAGGCAGAUCUGCCUUCACCUGGUGGCACGCGUCGCGUCGUCCUAUUAUUACCGGACGGCAGUUUUACUAUGACAGAACUAGAUAAAGAACAAUACGAGUCAAUAACAGAAGGCGCCAAGGCCCAAGAGUGA